AACUCCACCCCCAAAAAAAAAACUGCAGCUCCUGCCCACUAUUCAUCUCACAUGCCUGAUACUCACACCGCUGCUCCGCCUCACACCGCUGCUCCGCCUCACACCGCUGCUCCGCCUCACACCGAUGCUCCGCCUCACACCGAUGCUCUGCCUCACACCGCUGCUCCGCCUCACACCGAUGCUCCGCCUCACACCGCUGCUCCUCCUCACAGUGAUGUUCCUCCUCUCCCAAGCAGAGAUAAGAACCUGCAAAUGGAAAAUGAAAUAAGGAGCAAAAGGCUCACAAAUUCAGAAAGACAAAGAAUUGUAGAAGCAAUCUUACCGUACACAAAAACAAAAUCAGGUCAGUACACAGCUCAGAAAGGAGCUAUCAGUAAGGUUGCUGCUCAAUUUAAUGUUUCAAGAAGAUCUGUAGGGGAGAUAUGUAGUAGAGCUAGAAAACAAAUGCAGGGGGGUGUUGCCAUUGAUGUGAAUAGUCAGGUUCGAUUGAAGUGUGGAAGGAAAAGGAAGGUGAUAGACAUAGAGUCCAUCCCGAACAUUCCUCUAGCCAAAAGAACAAGCAUUAGGGCCAUGGCUGCUGCCUUAGGUAUUUCAAAGUCUACAUUGCAUCUUUGUAUUAAAAGAGGAUUGGUCAGAAGUCAUUCAAAUGCAAUUAAACCAUACCUAACUGAUGCAAACAAGUUACAAAGACUGCAAUUUUGUUUGAAUCAGAUAGAACCCAUUAGCAUCCCAUCUAACCCGAGGUUUAGAUCUUUCCAUAAUGUUCUUCACAUGGAUGAGAAAUGGUUCUUCAUGUCCAAGACAUCACAGAAAUACUACUUGACUCCGAAUGAAAUGGACCCUUACAGAACAUGCAAGUCAAAGCGUUUCAUUACUAAGGGAUCUGAGUUUCAGGGAUUUGAGAGAGGAAAAGAAAGGAGAAACCCUAUCGCUGGGAAACGCUUAGAGGAGGGAGGCGGAGAAGUGUAAGAACGAAGGUGUGGACGGUGAAGAAUGAAGAUAAAGGGGUGGGUUGGAUAUGGGGUGGGUGAGUAAUAAAUGUUUUAACUUUUU